GCUGAGCUGGGGGGUGGUUCUUCGGAGCUGGGAGGGAGGAGCCGAGCAGACCCGGGCUUGGGGGGUGACCAUGGGUGGUUGAGGGGUGCCGAGUUCAGAGGCGGCCCAUGCUGGCGGCCAUGGCCGAGGAUUACUGGGACUCGCAAUAGCAGUAACCGCCGCCAAGCAGUGACUCCAGCCCCUUCCCCAUCAUGGAUCGGAUGAAGAAGAUCAAGAGGCAGCUGUCCAUGACGCUGCGGGGGAGCCGAACUGUAGAGAAAAACCUCAAUGAACCCAUUAAUAUAGAGGAAAACAACAGUAGCGAUAAUGGCCCCACAGUGAAGAGUGUGCAUCCCAGCACCUCCCGCAGCGUUCACGCCUUCCUGCACCACUACGCAGGCUCCUUCCGCAGGCCCCGUCUGGCCGUCAGCCGCAGUCUGAGCUCUCACCUCGGCCGUACCACCCGAUUAGAAAUUGUUCACGAGGACCUCAAAAUGGGUUCGGAUGGUGAGAGUGAUCAGGCAUCAGGAACAUCAUCAGAUGAGGUGCAGUCUCCCGUCCGAGUGCGUAUGCGGAACAACCCAGCGCGCAAGAUUUCCACUGAGGAUAUUAACAAGCGCCUGUCACUCCCAGCUGACAUCCGUCUGCCUGAAGGCUACCUGGAGAAACUGACCCUCAACAGUCCUCUCUUUGACAAGCCCUUGAGCAGGCGGUUACGCAGAGUCUCUUUGUCGGAGAUUGGCUUUGGGAAGCUGGAGACAUACGUGAAGUUGGACAAAUUGGGAGAGGGAACCUAUGCCACUGUCUACAAGGGAAAGAGUAAGCUCACGGACAACUUAGUGGCUUUGAAGGAGAUCCGUCUUGAGCAUGAAGAGGGUGCCCCUUGCACAGCUAUUCGGGAAGUUUCACUUCUAAAAGAUUUGAAACAUGCCAAUAUAGUGACCCUGCAUGAUAUCAUCCAUACAGAGAAAUCCCUGACUCUUGUCUUCGAGUAUUUAGAUAAAGACCUCAAACAGUAUCUAGAUGAUUGUGGGAACGUAAUAAAUAUGCACAAUGUGAAGUUGUUUCUGUUCCAGCUGCUACGUGGCCUAGCCUACUGUCACCGUCAGAAGGUGCUGCAUCGAGACUUGAAGCCCCAGAAUUUGCUUAUUAACGAGAGAGGGGAGCUCAAACUAGCAGAUUUUGGAUUAGCCCGGGCAAAAUCUAUCCCCACUAAGACCUACUCCAAUGAGGUGGUAACACUUUGGUACCGACCGCCUGAUAUUCUGCUGGGCUCGACAGAAUAUUCCACCCAGAUUGACAUGUGGGGUGUGGGUUGCAUUUUCUAUGAGAUGUCCACAGGGCGGCCACUCUUCCCAGGCUCCACAGUCGAGGAGCAGCUGCAUUUCAUUUUUCGGAUAUUGGGGACACCCAAUGAAGAGACAUGGCCUGGAAUCCUGUCCAAUGAAGAAUUCCGAGCGUAUAACUACCCCAAAUACCGUUCUGAGGCCCUGAUCAACCAUGCCCCAAGGCUAGACAAUGAUGGGGUUGAUCUUUUAGGAAAGCUGCUACAGUUUGAGGGCAGGAAGCGGAUUUCUGCAGAUGAGGCCAUGCGUCACCUGUUCUUCCACAGUCUGGGAGAAAGAGUCCUCAAACUUCCAGACACAACAUCAAUAUUUGCACUAAAGGAGAUUCAGUUACAGAAAGAGACUGGGCUGAGAUCUGCUUCCCUGCCUGAAUCAGUGAAUGGUCAGAAUGGACGGCCAAGCCUGCUGCUUUGAAGCCUACAGUUCUGGGUUGGCAAGGGUAGAAAGAAGCCAGGUUUCUCCCCACUCCACCCCACAGACUGUCUCCACUGGUGGCUUCUUGGUAUUGAACUGUGGCAUGAGAACCUGUGCUGGGAAUUUGCUGGGGCAAAGGUGGAGGGCCCUGGAACUGAGGAGAAACAUGACCGCUCCUGGCACCAACAAGCCAGCCAUCAAUUCUCUGUGCCGCUGGGACGGACCCUCCCUCCCUCCCUCUCACACACACGGUGUUUCAUUUUAUUUUUUAAGUUUUAUUUUUUCAAUGCAACAUUAUAAAUAUUAUAUUUACAAAUAUCUAUACAGAGAGAGAGAGAGAGACACCACCACCCCACAUCCCCUAGCCUCUCCAGUAAUGGGGAGUGUACAGUAUUAACUGUGAGGGAGCCAAUCCCCUCCCUAUCUCAUCCCAGUAGUGGCCCAGGUGCAGGGACGAGAAGCACUGGGGCCAGAGUAGUUUCAUCCUUUGCACUCCAUAAUCUAGGAAUUGAUGGGAUUGGGGAGGUUGUUAGUAUUUAGGAUGAAUGAGAGCACUCCUCCUUCCCAGCUAUAAUCACUUUCUUUGGACAUGGUGGGGGCUUUGUUUUUCUGCCCUAACUGUGUAUUUUGAAGUCCGGGGAAGACCAGGCAACCAGGUGUCCUCUGAGAAUUCUCCAAAUCUUUGGAAAGAUGGGCCUUCUUUCCUUGUCUUCUUUCUUACUGGGACUUUCUGGCCGCAAGGAUGCCCUCUUUCCAAACCCCUUUUUGCUCAGUUUUGGAGCUGCUUCCAUCUCCUCCUCACACCAAAGCGGAGUCUCCUUUUUGAUACCCCUUGGAUCUUGACUGGUGCCUCUCCUGGGCUUGUGCUUGGUUAGUGCUCUCAAUUGUAGCUUAACUCCUAUUCAUCUGUUACGGUUCUUAUAUUAUUGCUUGGUACUCAGGGUUUGCAUUUCUUCCAUUGCCUUUCCAGAUGCAGUCCACUCACUUCUAGUCCAGACACAAGCAUCAGAUAUUCUAGUAGUCCUUUUGUAGGAUGGUGGAUCCAAUUCCCAGUGGAUUGUGCCUUGUUCUCUCACCCCAGUUCUUUGUUUUUCAUGUAUACUACAGUUCCUAAGUGAUCAUGACUUGUAGCUUGUCUUAACAUUUCUUAUAUCCAAACGACUAUGUUAGAACGGGCCCAUCGAGAUCUUUCUCCGAUGCUGUGGUGUUUAUUUUGGUAUGAAAACUUCGGCACUUUCCCAAAAUUUUGGACAACACCGCCCCUCAUCCUCAGUCAGCAGGAUCAGCAGUUUAGGAAUAUGGGAGUAAUCAUCCAAAACAUAUAGGGCUAUAAAAUGCCAGCCUUUAUUUGGUCUUCAUGCAAAUUAUUUGCCUUGUCUCUGCUGCUGAGAUUUUCACAUCAGUUCCUACAAUUUUCACCCCAUGGUUAUCUUUGUAACAAUUUAGAGUAGCAGGUUCUUCAGUCCUUAGUUAUGUAGAUUACAUGAUUACCAUUAUUUUCCAUUGUUUUGAAUCCAAAGUAAACCAGAACAGAACAUCUGUUCUGCAGUUAGCCACUUCAAUUACCUCUUCUACCAUUGGGAAUCAGAGAUACUUAAGAGGCAAUGGGCUCUUUCCCCAUCUAUAGCUUCACUGGUUUCAAAGAUCAAUCAACUCCUGUCUGUGCUUCUGCUUUAACCAAACAUCCCUCCAAAACUAUCUGCUUUUUGGGUUGACUUUUUGAUCUUUACUCGGAAGACUCCGAUGUCCUUUCCUUCCGCUCUCUGUAUUGCCGUCUUCAGCUCUUUAGAGAUUCACCUCUGUAUACCAGAGCCUUCAAUAUUUAGACAAAAAAGGUCUCCAGGGGACCUGCCUGCGUAUUUUCAGCAUUUGGGCUCCCUCUGCUUCCAAUUGUCUUACAAUUAGGAGAGCCGAUUUACAGGAAGAGUGAAAGGCCCAGCAGUAUCACAGCUCCCCAGACCAGGACUGUUCCUUUGAGUUCAGGGCACAGAAGCUUCGGUGCACAGAACUGAAGGGUGGGGCGGGGCAGAUCCAUCUCCUAGAGUUUGUGCUCCAGGAGUAUUAGACAAGAUGGUACCAAUUUUUGCUGUUUGAUCACAGCCUAUAUAUAUGUAUGCGUGCGUAUGUCUGUGUGUAUAUAUAUAUAUAUAUAUAUGUACAUAUGUAACCAUUUUUAUAUGCAAGCAUGAAGCGCUUCUAAGGUUCCAAGAUCUUCCCUUGAUGAGAGCCAUACAAUGAACCGUUCUAGUUACUGUUACAACGCUCAGGCAACUUAAGAGGAUUUCCGAAAAUGCCUACAGAGGGCAUGGCAGAGAUAUGUAGCCUACCUUGUGCCCUGGGAUGCAAGGAGUUUGUGGUGCUGGUGACCUCUUGCCUUGGCAUUCAGAUACUGCUGUCCAUGCAAUGGAGACAUCUGGGGAACAAUCUAGCCUACCCUACUUUACCCAGCAUUAGCCUCUGGGCAUAGGCUGAAAGUAGUAACCAGUGCUCAGCUCAGGGGAUAAGAAGGUUGUGUUUACACAAGGCAUCCUAAUAAGCAGGAAGGACCAGCCUCUUUCCUUCAACCUAGUGAAUAUCUACAGGUCCAUUUUAGCCCACUAACCUGAUUGCAUGAUCCUUCCCUUAGUUACUGCCUACUGGGUUUUUGACUAUGGCCACCCAGGUCCUUUCUUUGGUCUCCCCUUUCAACUGCACCUUAGAAUCAGAAACCACUAGUUGAGGGAUCAUUUUCUUAUCCCUUCUGAUCAGAGUUCUUGCUUUCCUCCCUGGAACAUGUCUCUGAAGCGCUCUGGACCUAGUGGUUCAAAAAGUUUUUAUCUGCCUCAAAACUGACCUGUUCUUAGUAGGUCUGAAAUGAGGCCAUGCUUCCAGCAGGAACUCAACAAUCAUAAUAUGUAUAUUUGGUUACUUCCAUUCUUGCAGACAUAAUUUGUCAAUACGAUACAGCACUAGACUUGGUUUGCUAUAUCAGAAUCUUGACUGUAGAGGUACAGGGAGUCUAUAGUUGAGGUUGCUCAGUUUAAAAUCCUGCUCUUAAGAGAACAUACAAGGAGUCAUCAGGAAAAACUGGGGAGAUCAGGAGACAGUUUAACUAAUGUUUACUCAAUGCAGUGUUGAAUCAUAGGUAACACAAACUCUGGAUUCAGGACCCCACCUGAGACCAUGGUUUUAAGGGCUGAUUUGCUGCAUUCUUUAUCCAUUGUUAAUCCGAACAGACCUCUUAACCCUAGUGAAGGACCACAAAUCAUAGCUGAUUAAGUAUUGAAUCUAUAUGGGACUGGCAGGAACUCCUAUUAUGUAUGCUGUGGUUGAGUAAAUUAAUGGAGAAAUAUGGCCAAGAUAUACAGGGCUACCUUUGUGGAAGGGAUCCAGAAUCUAAUCUGGUUUAGUUCAUAGAAUUCCCAUUUUCUGUCUUUGCUCAAAGAGAAGAAAUGAGGUUCUAGAAUAUGGAAGAAUGUAGCCGAGAUGGGAUACGUGAGGUAUUCUCCAAACACAAAUGACUUUAUUGAAUUUUCAGGAAUUGAGGGAAGCGUGAGUUCAGAAUAAUGCUGAGAAUUUGGGAGCGGUUUAGGGCCUAAACUGAGGAUUCAGAAUUCUCAGAAGUGACAGCAGGAAUAAAUGCCACAAUGGCUAAACCAGUUUGCUUAUAGUGUUCUUAAUACAAUGCAUUAUGAGAGCUUUUAUGUGAGAAGAAAACUGAAGAUGGCCUGUUGGAUAAUGAAUGUACAGAGGAUUUGGAUGUUGCUUUUGAGGAGGGUGGGGAAGGGCAGAACCUCAUAAUUUGUUUCUAGACUGGAGACAAGCAACCAACCUCUUCUUGCAGGAAACAGAAACCCAGGAAUGGAUAAUCAUUAACAUAUGGAAUGGACUAUCUCCAUGGGCCUCCCCCACCUCAAUCCUGCUUCCCUCCACAUUAGUGGAGUAGAUACGGAGUUUCAGCUCUCCUAGUAUGGAAGAAGAAACUCUAUUGUUGUACAUAACUUGAAUUGGGGGAGGAACUUUCUGUUUCAAAGAUCAAAGUUUACCAUUUAUAGAAGAAAAGUCCCUAAGGAACAAAAUGAACAAUCUUUUUUCUCCCCCCUCAUGCUCUGUCCACCUUCUUUGGGGUUAAUUAAUGCACCAUAUCCAAAUGUAUGGAACUGAUUAAAAGUCUCCAACAAUC